UUAACGCUCAAGGAAGCCGGUGUUACUAGCGUUUUGUCGAGACGAUGGUGCUAUUUAUGGACUAAUGUAGCUAGAUUAGACUUUGAUGUUGAUGACAAACUGGUCAGCAUUGCUGCUGAUCUCAAACUGAGGAUCCCUGAGAGGAAAAAGUACGUUAAUUGGGUGAACCGCGUGAUGAGGCAACAUAGAGGGCCGGCAUUGGAUCUCGUUAGGAUUUGUUUCAUUCUGGAUAAGAGUUUGAGUGAUGUUAUUGACAAUUGGGUUGAAUUCGCUAUUGCAAAGAGAGUUCAGAGGCUUGAGUUGGACUUGUUGGGAAACGAGGAGGCUCGUUGUUGGCCCACGUACAACUAUUCUUUCCCUUACAAUCCCGACAUGUUGGCUUGGUUGAAAGGCCUUAAAGCCCUCUCACUUAAAUGUGUGAAUGUGAGUGAAGAAGCUCUAGAUUGUUUCUUGUUGAGGUGUCCAGAGCUGCAGAGUUUUUCCUUACAUUCGGCCGAGGGUUUGAGGAGUGUGAAGGUUGAUGGCUUCAAGCUUCCGCGGCUUAAGUGCCUCGAGAUAAAGUGUUGUCAGGGGAUAGAGACGAUAGAGAUCUCAAACUCGAACAUUGUGUCGUUUAGUUAUGUGGGUCAUGUCAUUGAUUUAGUUCUCAGCAACGUUCCAAUGCUCGUUGAUGUCUCGAUUAUGGAAGGACAUUCCGCGCUUCAGACUAAUGUGUUUGGACAACUUUCUUGCUGUCUUGAUCAGAUUGAGAUUCUUACAUUGGGUAUACAUCAUACUAAAAAGGAUGCAGAGAAUUUCUCCUUUCCUGCUUUGCCUGGCCUCAAGGAGCUAAUUCUAAACGUUGGAGCGUGGGAUGACGAUAGUCUUCUCGAGUUCGCGUACCUUAUAAAGUCAUGCCCUAAUUUGAAGAGAUUUGCAAUGAAGUUGAGAUGGAUGUCAAUCGUGUCAACCCUGAAACGAACAGAAAUGAGGCGAGCACCCAAAUGCGCCCACGAGCACCUAAAACUGGUGGAGAUUGGUGGGUACUAUGGUCGUACAAGUGAUGCUGAACUCGCUAUCUACUUCGUUGAAAACGCGGUUGCGCUGCAGAAGAUCGUGAUCGAUCCUCGCAACCAAGUUCAACAUAGAUUGCCUCUGACGGAUGCUCAGAUCAAGCGCCACGAAACAGCCCGAAAACAUGCCCGGGAGCAUCUCAAAUCGAAAAUACCUCCACAACUCGAAUUAAUAAUCCUUUGA